AUGAAAAAACUUCUUACAUUGACUCUUUUCUUUUUUGCCAUCACAUUGGUAAGAUCUCACGAUGAGGGAAAUGUUAGUAUAUCAAAAACUUUAAAUGAUCAUUUUAAAAAAAAAAACUCAGCAAAUAAUGGAAAAGCAUUUAACUUAGAAGAAAACAUCAAAUAUAAAAGAAAAAAUAAUUAUGAGUUAUUUGUUAACUCUAACGGAGAACUAAAACAAGAACGAUAUGGAGUAACAGAACCAAGGCAAAUGCUAAAAAAAAAUAUAAGUCAUUUAAGGUAUUUAAUUAACGAUUUAGAAAUUUUAACAGGAGUUUACAAAUUUAAUGGAAGAGAUAAAGAAAAGGUAUUAAAAGAAACUUUAAAACCAGAAUCACUAUGUUUUACUCUUUUAGGACUUUUAAGUAAUAACAUAAACAAUCUCUUAACAGUAGAAGAUUCACCAAUCUAUGGCUUUUUAAUAAAAGGGGAAAAAAUACCAUAUACUAAUCAAGUAAAAAAUUUAUUAGAAAUUUAUGUAAUUAUGUCGAAUAUAUCGGUAUAUUUAGGAGAUUUUUAUUUCCCCACUUCCAAAAAUGCUCCAUAUGAAAUCCCAUUUCUUUUUGGAUAUUAUGAUAAUAAAAUAAAUGGUUCUGUGAAUAAAACAUCCUUCAACUACCUUUGUCCCUUACCCACAUUUUUAAUUGAUGUCAUACGAACAACGAAAUUUGGAAUGAAAUUCAAUUUUAAUGGAUCUGAUUUAGAUGCGAAAGAGUUGUACCCAGCUACACUUUCCUACUGGAUAGAAACACCCAACAUGUUACCUAUUCAAAAGGGAGACAAGUACAAAAAUUCCAGAAUGCAAAUGAUAGAUUUACUUAAGAAAGAAGCAAAGGAUGUGUCAUAUAGAAAAGUACAUGAUACAGGACUGAUAGAUGGAGUGGGAAUUCAACAAGCAUAUGAUAGGAUAAAAGCUUCUCUAUCCUUUUCUAAUGCUUUAGAAACUAUUAAAAAAUUCCUUUCAACAUCUGGCAAAACUUCCAUGGAUAGCAGUAGUAGUAGUAAUUAUUCAGAAGCACCAACCGCUUUGUAUUUUCUACUCCUAAGCCAGAAGUUGUUUACAAAAGUGAAGAAACAAGAACCAAAAAGUGUAAUAACCAAAGUGGACAUUUCCAAUGUGAAGGAAAAUGCAAGUGGUUAUUUGCAAGCCUACACUAUAAAGUUAACUCUUGAAGAUUCCACGUGCAUAACAACUGACGCAGUUGUUCAAGGAAAAAACAUAUUAAUGCCUCAAAACAUCAAGUUGAAGAGUGCAUUGAAGGGCGGGGAAAAGGGAACCAGCACCAGCACCAGCACCGUUUCACUUGAUGUCCCAUUUAACUAUGGCUUGCAAGUAGGUGGCAAUGAUGGCUUAACCUACAGCUUCGCUGGUUUUUCUUUUAGUAUGAGCAAGACUCUUCCCUACAGCAUCAACAGUUUAACACCCUUCGUGCAUGCACAGAGUGAUAUGUGA